CGCGGUAUCUUCAGUUGCAGUGCUAGUGGCCGGAGAAUUAGGAUACUGAGUCUGAGCGGAGUUUUAAUGGAGAUCACAAGUGAAAAUUUUACAUUACGAGGCCUUUUUGAAUGAAUUUACAUUUCUACUGGUGAAAGAAAAUAUUUGCUCCGGUCUGUCGUUUUAAUCUCAUUGCACUUUGCUCACACUGAAAUGUCUUCUAAGAGUGAGACAAAUCCAUUGCCGUCGGGCUUCCAUGUUCUUGAGCUGAAUAAAACGAAAUGGGAAAUCCCUAUUCGCUACGUGCGAUUGGAACCUGUGGGCUCGGGAGCGUACGGGCAAGUUUGUGGGGCAGAUGAUACCAAGCAAGGAGGAAGAGUAGCCAUUAAGAAGCUGUCCAGACCGUUCCAAACAGUCAUACAUGCCAAAAGGACCUACAGAGAAUUACGCCUUCUCAAACAUAUGAAACAUGAAAAUGUUAUUUGCCUGCUGGACUGUUUUACCCCUAAUCCUUCUUGUUUAGAUGUGUACAUGGUAACCACUCUAAUGGGAGCAGAUCUUAACAACAUAAUCAAGUGUCAGAAACUCACUAAUGAACAUGUCCAGUUCCUCAUCUAUCAAGUUCUUAGAGGUCUCAAGUAUAUUCAUUCUGCAGGUGUUAUUCAUCGAGAUCUAAAGCCUAGUAAUAUUGCAGUCAAUGAAGACUGUGAACUCAAGAUCCUGGACUUUGGAUUAGCACGUAGCACAGAUGAGGAAAUGACAGGAUACGUUGCUACCAGGUGGUAUCGAGCGCCUGAAAUCAUGCUCAAUUGGAUGCAUUAUACAGAUAAAGUUGACAUCUGGUCAGUAGGAUGUAUUAUGGCAGAGAUCCUCACAGGAAAGACUCUUUUCCCAGGGAAUGAUCACAUAAAUCAACUGAACCGUAUAGUCAAAGUUACAGGGAUUCAGGAGACCUUCUUACAAAAGAUCACAAGUGAUAGUGCAAGGCAAUACUUGAUGACACUUCCUGCAUACCCAGCAUCGGAUUUUAAAUCCAUCUUUACAGGAGCUGAUCCUGCAGCGAUUGACCUUCUUGAGAAGAUGCUUCAAUUAGAUGAUGAUAAAAGGUUGAGUGCUGAGCAGGCUCUUCAACACCCAUAUGUUGCUAGAUUUCAUGAUCCAGAGGAUGAACCAACUGCCCCUUUAUUUGAUGAUAGCCUAGAGAACAGUGAUAUUGCAAUAGAUGAAUGGAAACAACGUGUUUAUAAAGAAAUAGUAGAUUUUGUACCAGACCAAGGGGAUUCAUGUGUGGAAUGAUGUGAAGAAGUCAGCAAUCAAUUUCCUCAUCUGUACAAAGUCCCAAGUAAAAGAAGAAGAGAUUCUGAAUGGUUGAAGCAAAGAUUGUCAUUGUUCAUUAUUGCAGUUUGGUAUCAGUGUGCAUUAAAUGACUUCAUAGAAUCUUAGCACAAACAUGUGAUUUUCGGUGUAAAGAAUUCUAGCAAUCCUCACUGCUAAAAUCACACAAGACCUGUAAUUUAUUCAUCUUUCUCUUUUAAUUAUUACUAUUGUCAAAACAUAUAGAAUACAUACCAUGAAGUGUGUUGAAUGUAGAUUAGUAUUUGCAAUAACUGUGUUUUAAAUCAUUGUCAGGGAUGGGAUUUACGAGAAUAUUUUCAAGUAGAAUAAUUAAUAUUUGUUAGACAGGCAAGCAUGGAAAAUGAGUUUUUGUAGAUGAAUUUCUCCAAAAUAGAUUUAGUUUCAUUUUUACCAGAUCAAUGAGAGCUUUCACAAAUGAAAACUGAUUGAAGGAAAGCCUUUUUUCUUUCUUUCUUUAAUCUUUUUGGUUAUUAUUUUAUUAAAGUUUGGUGCAUUGGUGUCUUUGAAGACACUAAUUCAUGGAUAUUCUUUGAAUUUCAAUGGAUACUGGAAGUUUACAAGUAUUUUUUUUUUUCAAAUAUUUAUGAUCAGGUAUGCCACUGAAUUUGCAAUAACAUGAGUGUAUAGCUGUACAGUUAAAUCAAUAUUUCAUGAUGUUUUACUGCAUUUGUUGCAGAUUUGGUGGUAGUGUGUACCACUGUGAUGCAUUUGUAUAUAAAUACACAGCUUGAAUAUUGUUGCUUAUAUCUAUUAGAGCAGUAAAGUUUGUGAAUCCUGCAUGUGGGCCAUAUUUAGAAUGUCUUUCGUGAUAGAGUACUAAAAAGCAAAUAAUUUCUAAAUAAUGUACAUUUUUUAAAGCAUAGAUUUCAUCAUGUAAAAAACCAAAAUUAAGCAUGUUUUUGCCACUAUUGCCAGAUUAAUAAUCAAAUUACUGUUAUUUUUCAUGUUCACUGUCUAUUAAAUUUAAACCGCUUCAAGUGAUCUCCUUUUAUACCUUGUAACUCAAACAAGUUUUGACAACAAUUUAAUGACUGAAAUAUGAAAUCAUUACAAUGAAUUGCUUCUGUUUAUCUCAGUACAUUUUUGUCCUGUUUUUCUAUCCCUGGUGGUAGUCAUCUAAAGGGUAGGUGGUUUGUAAGAAACUUUAUUGCAAUCAAUUGUAUAUUUUUAUUUGUACUACCCAUCAUAUGAGUUGAUUUAUCAAAAUUUGAUCAAUAUUAAUUAUUGCAAAAUUGGAUAAGUCAGGGGAGUAAUUCAUCAACAUUUUUGUCUGACAAGUUGUUGGAUCUGACAACUUCUCCCUGAUUUUGAUUGGCUGAUAAGCACUCUUACUAUGGAAAUUGUCAUAUAAAUAGGACUUGUUGGAGAAAAACGUUCUAAAAAGUUCUUUGAUGUAGUGGUCCCCAGAUGUCAAAGUACCAGCAUUGUCAUUUCUGCUGCAUGCACUACAUUUUUAGUGCCUGACCUUCAGUGUUAUAGUAACUACAUGGGCUGGGCUGAUCUUAUGGUCUCGCUAUACAAUUAGUUUUGAAAAUCAAUUGUGCAUCAGCUUUCAUGAGGAGGUAAUUAUCAAUUGGAGACUUCAUGAAGCAUUGAAAAUUCCUUUAACAGAUACAUCUAGAAAAUUUUUUGCCAAGCCUAAUUAGACUCGCACAACUGUCGGGCCAGGUAAUGUGAGAUAAUGAUUUUACCAUAAAGCACUUUCCUAUGGAAUUUCAUUACGUCUGCUCAACAUAAAUCUUGUUCUACCAUGGUUCUACCAGAUGUAAUUUAUAUCUAAAAGGUGUACAAAAAAAAGAGAUGCAUAACUGAUUUCAACUAGUGAUUCAAUUCAUACCUUCUAUUGCAAGAAUCAGACCAGCAUUUUUCUUUUAAACAUGUUCAGACUAUUAAACGAUUGAAUGUGAGGAACUACAAUUGACUUUCAAUUACUAGUUACUAUCAAGCCCCCCUAAGGGUUUCUAAAUUUGCUUUGAAAAAUCAGACAUGAUACUAGUAACCUGUCUAUACAUAUUUUCAUGCCAAUUUAGAUAUCUAAAAUAAACUCUGUCUAUUCUUUUAUUAGAAAUAAUAACCAGUUCAUGAAUUGAAACCCGACAUAAUAAAAGUGCUCAAACUGAUAGGUGUAAACUGCCAGUAAUUAUUUUCCUUAUUGAUGAAAAAACAAACUAAAUAUAACAUGUAUAAAUGCAGUGUUUAUUUAGAAUCAAUAUUUUGUUUUGCUCUCAAUUAUUUUUUUUUCUUUUCGCUGUGCCUUUAUUAUAGACUCAACUCUGCUACACGAUGCUGUUUUAUUUUUACACUAAAAAUGUAUAUACAUAUAUGUGUAUAAGUUGAAUUGUACCAUCCCACUUAUUGUAAAUACUGGUAUAUUGUGAAAUGUUUUUAUAUGUAAGAAGGAAUAUUAGAUUGUUAUCUGAAAAUCAUUGGAAUGACAAAAUAGAAUUAUGAAGUCAAAAAGAUUAUUUAUGCUAUGAAAGUUAUUCGCUUUGUAUGUAUAGAGUAUAGGAACUGCUAAUCAUGUUUCUAGUUGGAAGUGGAUGUUCAUAGAAUUGUUGUUGUUGAAUUUGUCAGUCUUGAAUUGAAUAUUUGAUAAUGUAAUGUUUAAAAAUGUUAUUAUUAAAGAUCUUUAUUUGAUGUAGAUUGUGAUUCUUCAGAAAGGAUUCUUCAGAAAUUCAGAAAUGUACAUUCAAACUUUAUAAUUUUUACAAUGAAUGAAAUGUCCUUAUUUCUUGGUAAUGUACUUGAAUCUACAAUGGAUAUUGAAAUAUUUAAGUAAUUCAGGUUGAAUGACAUAGAUUACAUUUCUUUUUCCAUUUAUUGUAAUGAGGAGAUAAAGGAUUGUACUUAUAUGAUGUCACUUAGGUAUAAACACAUACUCCUAAUAUGAUGUUGCCCAAUUUGCAUCAAUUAUAUCCCAUUAGAGAUAUUAGGCUUGUUCCCAUAGGAUUUACUAUAUGAUUUAGAUUGUGAAGCAUUGUGGUGUAGUGGUUCUGAGUCUUGCCUUGUAAUCAUAGGUUGUGUUUGGUUCCCACCAUAGCCUAUCAUCCUUUGGCAAGGCAUCACAUUGCCACUUUCCACCCAGGGGUUAACUGGUUACCCUGUAGGACACAAAAUCCUAUGGAGUAUGCCUAGAGAUUGAGUCUUGGACCUCUUGAUUGAAUGUUCCACAGGGAGUUGAGAAAGUGUAUACAUUGUGUGAGCAUGUAAAGAUCGAUGGCUGGGUAAUGAUAAUUACAGAUGUACCUUGUAAAGCGCAUAGAAACACCUAAGAAUAAAGCAUUAUACAGUGCAUUCCACAUCAAACUAAACCAAGAAUUACAAACUUUAUCACAAAAACAAUAGACAAAUGACCUUUCAUUAUAAAGCAUGGGUGAGUAAAAACCAUUUGGAGAAAUAGUACCCAAAAGUCACUUGGCAGCAGUAUAAACAAAGUUUCAAAAAAAUGAAAAUCACGUUUUUUUAAGGUCAAUAUCUGGUCUUUACUUUAAUACCUCAAUCACCAAAAAAUGGUUAAGAAAUAAAUUCUUUCAUUGAAAUAAUGCUUGUAUCUGCAUAAUUUCAUUAAACAAACAUGUUUUCACAGAUUAUUAAAGCUUUCACACAUUUAACAAAUCACUUAAUGCAUGGCUGAUGGUCAACAAAAAAAGUGUUUUGACAGCUAACCUGUAAUAAAAUCCCUUCAGUUUAUAGCAUUAUGGAAUUCAAGCCUUAUUUCAAAUAAAACAUUAUUUUUUUUUACCAUUUUCUGUGAUUGAGGUAUCAAAGUAAAGAGCAGAUUUUGAAUAUUGGGGACAUGUGAUUUUCUUUUUGAAACUUUGAUACCACCCGCUAAGUGACUUUUUGAUGUCCGAGUUUGCUCACUCAUGCAGAAUUGAGGAAUCAUACAAAUUAUGCCAGAUGAAAAAAAGAGACUGCUUUAUAAUGAUAAUAAAUUUGUCUAUUGUAUUUGUGAUUUAGAAAUAAUUAUCUUCUGGGACACACUGUAUAAAUGUAACUUAUUAUUAUGAUUAUUGUAAAAUUGGGAAAUCACAAUCAAGAAGUUUGACACCUCUUUCAGUUUUCAUUGGAAAUUAAUUUAUGAUAAAGAUUUCCCCCGGGAUUCCUUCAUAUAAAGUGGUUAGUUUUAUAGUUUUCAAAUAUAUGAUCAGUUUAUGAUUCAGUUUAUACCUUUAAUAUUAAUGAAAUCAUCUCAUGAGACAUGUAAAACAAACAGCAUUUAACCAUUAUCAUGAAUAUUGUAAUUAACAAUAUUGCAAUUA